AUGCAAAUUGUAUACAGCGUGUUCCGUGAGUGUGUUGGGAACGAAUGGGGCGUGGAGAAGAUGGGUUGGCCAUUUUUUGGAGGGGAAUUGGACUUCGGGAUUUUGGAGGUGAGAUGGGAUUUUUAGGGCUAUUGAAGGCGGUCAGAUGGUAUGGAGUUGUUAGGCUAGGUAUCAACAGAUUUUCAAGGGAUGUUGUCAAAGAGCAAUCUCUUUGAUUUUGAUGAGAAUUGGCACAAAUUUAUAGUAAUUUUUUCUAUGGAAUAUACGAGAUCUUUUCUCUUACGUACAGGGGAAGUACUCCAUCAGAUUUUGAUGAAACUUGGCACAAAUUUAGAAUAAUUUUUUAUAAGAUAUAUGCGAGAAUCCUAGCUCGCGCUUUGCAGAAACAACCGAGAUUUUUAGAACGAAAAGUCGGCCAAAAUUUACGACUUUUUGCCGAAUUUCGGCACGAAAAGUUUCAUGCCUAUUUCUACCGUAAAGGAUAAUGUUUCUACAAAAAAUCAAAAUUUUCCCCACGAAACUGCCAAAGUUGUGGCCAAAAAGCGUUUUUCUCUCUGACCGCUCUCCACGUUUAGCGUGCUCUCUCGGCGGCAAAAAUCGUUCGAUAUCUCGGCGGCGCCCGCAAAGCGCGAGCUAAAACUUUCAGGCAUUGAUAUUUUGUCCAUACCCGACGUGUGUGCAAAUUUUAAAGGAAAUCUGAGCGUCGCACUUGGAGUACUUCCCCUGUUAGCAGAGAUAAUUGAAAUUUUUUGGUCAAGAAAAACUUGAAUUCCUGGAAAUCUUGGCUAGCGCUUUGCGAGAUAACCAGCCAAUUUUGCAGACGAGAGAAUAAGCAAACUGCGGAGAGGGGUAGAUAGCGAAGUUUUUUUAGCCGUAUCUGUAAUUUCAAACGGUAAAAGGUGUUUUUUUUUGUACAGCAAAGUCAGCCACUCUGUAAGACCGCAAAAAAACAUUGUUUUUUCAUUAACCUUCGGACUAAAAAUUUUGUUUGUUCCUGCAAAGCGCGACCUAGAGAUUUCGCAAAUACUUUUAGAUAAAAUUUGAAGAAAAUUACAGUAUCUUUACAAAGGAAAGAGAAAUUUUUUCUUGGAAGAUGGUCUUUAUCACGUAAAACAUACGCUGUCAGUUUGGACAACAGUAUGCAUUACAAACUCAAGUGUUCCUUGCAAAUUGUAAGUUAAAAUGGCGUAAUUCUUAUUGCAUAAAUAUUUUUUACUGUUUUUGCAUCUAUUUUUACAAUUCCAACACUCCAAAAAAUUACUCAUUGAUCCGUAAUUUUUCGAAAUUUUUGAACCUCAAAGAUUAUCAGACUCUUGCGUCGUUUCCCCCCUUUUCCCUCCAAAGUUGUUACAUUCCGAACUCCGAACAUGUUUAUUCCAAAAGCACACAAAUAUUUACGGUGUAUUACACAUGUAGUUUAAAGUUUUGUUCGCGAAAUUUCCCUCUUUUUUCACGUGUUCCACGGAGUUUCUUUUGGGAUAUUUGCAGGUCUUGGAGGCCGAAUAAAAAAUGUUUUGGACGGAGGUCACCUUGAUUUUUAAUAUUUUUUAUAUUGUAAUUGGAGGGCCAGUAGAUGGAACGGUGAAAAAACGGGAUGUUUCGGAUGUCAUCUGCGAUAUGGAUACGGUAAGUUGGAGGGUAAAUAAUUUGAGAAAAAAAGUAUUUUGUAUGUCCAAAGAGCCAAUUAUUUGGCCAAAAUCACCCUUCGUAUAACAAAACCUGUCUAUAACAAAAAAAUUUUUUGAGCCAAGUGAUUCGUUCUACAGAGGUUUUACUGUGUUGUAACAACUUUUUUCCGUCUAAAUUCGCUUCUUAAUUUGUCGGUUUUGCCUUUUUCUCUUCACGUGUUUUCGAACACGGCUCCAUGGAAAUUAGGCAGACGCCGGAAAGGAAGACAUGAAAACACAUGAAUUCCAGAUGAGGCGCUAAAAAUAAUCACGAAUACAAAAGAAAAUAGAAGCAGCUUUACAAAGUUUGAAGCAAUUUUUAUUGUAAUGACAUCACUGUAUAAAGGGAAGUGCAAGUCAAACAAAAUUAGCUUGAAUUUGAAGUGCAACGCACGUCAAACUGAGAUGAGCUAAGACAGUCCGGUGAAUGGAUUGGCAAUUUGCCAAAAAAAGACGCGAAAAAACGUUUUGUCGGGGAAGAAAUGGGGAAUUUUUGGGGCGAGAGAGUACGUUUUUGCGUGUCUUUUUUCUCUCUUUCUCUGCGAAAUCAAGACGGAGUGUAAAAAACCGAUAGCGAAGAGCCUAUUCCGGUCACCGGACUCCUCAGUUUGACGUGCAACGUUCAGAUUUUUAAAGGUUUCCUAUGUUUUGUUAAAACUUUGUUUUUAAAGGUAGGGCUGAACGGAGGAAUUGAGUGAAUGUUGGCUCUGAGGAAGGGCAUAAUUUUCGAAACAUUAGUCAAUAUUCCUAGCUUUCUCUAUACUGAAAUCGCCGAGAUUUUUUGAUCUGAAACUGUAAAAAAUUCAGAUUUUUUUGGAUUUUAAUUUUUGUCAAUUUCUAAUUACCCAAUCUUUCUACAAUGGCGGAUCUGAUCAAAUGGCAAAAAACUUACCAUUUUGCAUCCGGGAAGUAUUAAAAAUGUUGCAAAAUACCUCCCUCUCUAACUAAAAAACCCCCAGCGCUUUUGAAAUUGGAGUUUUUUCACUUGGCAAGGGAGGUAUUUUGCCACAUUUUUAUAGUUUCCAACUGCAAAAUAGUACGUUUUUAGCCUCUGGAUCAGGUCCGCCACUGUACAGGGUGUUUCAAGAAAUGCGCGGAAAGUUUUUGUCGAUUUCUUGGUGCUCAGUCAAGAUAUCCAAAAAAAAUUUUUUUUGCAUGAUAAAGAAGAAUAUGGGCGGUUUUUUGCAUAUGAAAAUCGUUUUCGCCACCAACGCAGAAAGCAGCGUAUUUGGCGGACACUUUUGGGCACUUUUUUGGUCAUCACACGAAUUUUUAAUGCUUUAUUAGAAACAUUUUCUAUCUGAACUUUCAAUCUGAACUUGUACUCGGCUUCAUCAAGCUCUGGAUUUUAUGAACUGAACAGUUUGAACACUACCUUUAUGCGCUUGCUCACUUUAUUAAAUAAAUUUUCAGGCCCAAAUCGCGGCAUUCUACGGAUAUCCAGUGGAAACGCAUAAAGUCCAAACGGAUGAUGGUUAUCUUAUUGACAUUCAUCGGAUACCAUCAAAGAAAGGCGAGUUCUUGCUGAAAGAAAAAGAAGAUUGAUUUUCAGACACAAAAAUUCCGAACAGAUAUCCACUGGUGAUGAUGCAUGGGCUGGAAGUGGCUUCUGAUUCUUGGGUUUUGAAUGGGAGAAAUGGGUCGGCAGGUGGGUAAAAUUAUCAAAUAAAAAAUGGAAAAAGUUCCUUAUUCUGGCCACAACAAAGGCUUUCUGCGAACUGCGCCCAAGCUUGGGAACUAAAGUUAGAAAAAAAAAGCUUCGACCUAGCUGGAACUGAAUUAUUAUAGUAGCUCUAUAGCUUUAAGGGUACCUACGAAGGCUAUAACGGCUCAUUUAGUUCUACACGGAGGCAACAAGUUUAGCUCCGGACAGGUUUCAUCGUAUAAAGUAUAAAAUCCCAGGCUGCAGCCGUUUUUAAAGAGUAAGGUGGCACGUAAAUAAUAAGGUACCUCACUAACUAAAUCCACUGUCCGGGCAUUGACAACGAUGAGUUGAGCCCUGACGCUAAAUUUGGGCUAAUUCUGACCAGUUUCCGCAAAGUUAUAAGUUGUGGCCAGAAUAAGGAACUUUUUCCAAAAAUUUACCGAGCUCUUGACAAUUCUCCAAAAAAUUUUAGGCUUCUACUUGGCUGACGUUGGCUUCGACGUCUGGCUGGCCAAUGUCCGCGGCAACAAGUACGCCAGGAAACAUGUCAAACUCAAUAUUCUCGACCGAAAUUUCUGGGACUUCUCCUACGAUCAAAUGGCUGAAUUUGAUCUUCCGGCCAUAAUCGAUUAUGUAAAGUUGGUGACGAAAAGAAAAUCGGUUUAUUACAUUGGCUAUUCGCAAGGAGCACUGCUGAUGUUCGCGAAGUUGGCGAGUGACCCUGGAUUCGCUGGGAAUAUCAAACGAUUCUUUGCUGUGGCGCCGGUUACCAGGGUGCAGAACUUGAAAGGCCCGAUGAGCAGUAUUGGGCGAUUUCAUAAUGCGUUUCCGGUAAGAUUUGCAAGGCUGCUGGGAAAAAUGAUGAUUAAAACGUAACUAGAGCGCUCCUCAAAGUUUCGACGCUUAGAUUUAACUGGAAUUUAGCCUAUUUGUUGAGACUAGGUUAAGUAUCGUGUCUGGAAAAUAUUAACUAGAACUUUGCAGGCACAGUCGAAAUUUUCACCCGUCUUUGUUGAGGAGAUUGUUUUCGGGCAUUUUUUGGAGAUCCACCUAUGGCCAAAAAAUAGGUGGAUCUAUGGCCUUCACGCAUGAAAAAAAAAUAAUAUAUUUUCUUAAUUUGUGAGAUUUCUAGCUCGUAUUAUGCAGAAAUUACCGAAAUUUUUAGAUCAAGAAUUGGAAAAAACUUUUUUUGAACUUUGGCAGGAAAAUUUUCGUACACGUUUCUAAAUGUAUUGUUUCCACAAAAAAGGUAUUGUUUCCACAAAAAAAUAAUUUUUUUCGGUAUUAAACUGUCAAAGAUAUGGCCAAAAAAUCUUCUCUUUGACUGCUCUCCGCAUUUUGCAACUCUCUUGGCCGUAAAAGUCGAUGAAAAUUUUGGCUUCCCCUGCAAAGCACAAGCUAAAAUUUUUAGGAAUAUAUGCCACUACCUUUCCGAAAUCUGUGCAAAAUUUAUGUAUAAAAAAUUGAAUUUGAGCAUCGAGUUUUAAACCACUUUUCCGAUAUUUUCCUGAAAUGACCUUUGAUCUCCAUUUUUCAGUUCAUUUGGCAGGCCAAUGUCCCCGGCGAAUACCUCAACGACGCUCUGAUCCUCCGUCCUCUGUCCACUCUCUUCUGUCGAUCUCCGAUUACUCGUCAUCUUUGUACUCAACACAUCAUCGACUACACUGGUCCGCAUUGGCAUCUGAACGAAAGCAGGAUCGGCGUCUACACGGCGCACUCAAAUUCAGGGACCUCGAUGAUGAAUAUGCUGCAUUACUAUCAGAGCUUGGAGACGGACGAAUUCCAAAAAUACGACUUUGGAGAGGAGGGAAAUCUCAAGAAAUAUGGGCAGGUGAGAGGUUGUAGAGGGAUAAAAAUUACUCACAGGGGAAGUACUCCAAGUGCGACGCUCAGAUUUUGAUGAAACUUGGCACAAAUUUAGAAUAUUUUUUUAAGAUACAUGCGAGAAUCCUAGCUCGCGCUUUGCAGAAACAACCGAGAUUUUUAGAUCGAACGUCGGCCAAAAUUUUGGACUUCUUGCCGAAUUUCGGCACGAAAAGUUUCAUGCCUAUUUCAACUGUAAAGGAUAAUGUUUCUACAAAAAAUCAAAUUUUUCCGCACGAAACUGCCAAAGUUAUGGCCAAAAAGCGCUUUUCUCUCUGACCGCAUUCCACGUUUAACGUGCUUUCUCGGCGGCAAAAAUCGUUCAAUAUAUCGGCGGCGCCCGCAAAGCGCGAGCUAAAACUUUCAGGAAUUGAUAUUGAGUCCAUACCCGACGUGUGUGCAAAAUUUAAAGAAAAUCUGAGCGUCGCACUUGGAGUACUUCCCCUGUCUAAAAUUUAUUAAUAACUUUUUUUUAUUGUUCAGAAAUUCCCUCCAAUCUACGACUUGGCCUCCAUCCGAGAUCUGCCGCUCCACAUUUUCUCCAGUCCAGAGGAUUGGCUGGCCAACGAAAAGGAUGUUGAUGGCUAUCUCCUCCGAAGAUUGAGGCCUGAAAUUGUCGCCGAAGUCACUCGACUCCCCAAUUAUGGCCAUAUCGACUUUAUCUGGGGGAUGGACGCAAUCAAGGACAUUUAUCGACCAAUCGCCGAGAGGGCCAAGGAAUUGGACGGGGCUAAAUUGAUCAUCUCGUAG